UUAUGCCGUGCGGCGAUUCCGAAGAAGGGUCGUCACAGUCGGCUCCGUCGCAAUUCGAAUGGGAGCUGUGCCGUGAGAACAUAAAACCGCUCAAGACUGGGCGUUCACCGAAUCGCCCCGUAGGAUCGCGUCGUGUCGAAGCAAUAAAUCAGGCUCUCGCUCUUAGUGCACAUGGCUCGAAAGCCCAAACUCUGGCAACGCAGAAGUUCGAUGAGAUUAUGGAAUUGUGUGAGACGUCAUCGGACCCUCUCAAACACUGCCUUGAGUUCUGCACUUGGUUCGAUCAAACAUUCCCGCAUGGCCGUCAGCGCUUGUAUUACUCGUUGCUAUGGAAAAUAGUACACAAGUACGCUAAAUGUCCAGAAUAUCUCGACGAUGAGAGGAUGCUGCGUGUAUGGGAGAAGUUGGCCGAUAAUAGUCUUGAUCAUGGUUGGGAAAUUUACCAACACGCAAACACGAUUGGAUCUUUAGUCA